GGCGGGCUCUCUGGGGCCGCUCCCCUGAUUGGUUGCUGAGCAAGUGGCGGCGGAGGAGCCCGGCCUGGAGGAGGAGAAGGCCAAGGCGGCGGCGGCGGCGGCGGCGGAGGCGGCGGCCAUGGAGCUGAGCGAGAUGCUCUACAACAAGUCCGAGUACAUCGAGACGGCCUCCGGGAACAAGGUCAGCCGGCAGUCGGUGCUCUGCGGGAGCCAGAACAUCGUCCUCAACGGGAAGACCAUAGUCAUGAAGGACUGCAUCAUCCGGGGGGACCUGGCCAACGUGCGGGUGGGGCGACACUGUGUGCUGAAGAGCCGGAGCGUCAUCCGCCCGCCCUUCAAGAAGUUCAGCAAAGGGGUGGCCUUCUUCCCACUGCACAUCGGGGACCACGUCUUCAUCGAGGAGGACUGCGUGGUCAACGCGGCCCAGAUCGGCUCCUAUGUCCACAUCGGCAAGAACUGUGUCAUCGGCCGCCGGUGUGUCCUGAAGGACUGCUGCAGGAUCCUGGACAACACGGUGUUGCCCCCGGAGACGGUGGUCCCGCCCUUCACUACUUUCUCAGGCUGCCCAGGGCUCUUCUCCGGAGAACUCCCCGAGUGCACCCAGGAGCUGAUGGUCGACGUCACCAAGAGCUACUACCAGAAGUUCCUGCCCCUCACCCAGGUCUAGCCCUCUCCUCCCACCGCCCCCGGCUGACGGAAGACCACCAAAGCGCAGCCGCCUCCUGAGAGUGAGGAAGGGAGGCCCUGGCAGUGGUUCCCUCCCCGACCUUGCGCCCCACCCCCACCCCCACCGCCCCCCAUGCUCUCCUGCCCGGCAUCGGAGGCGCCCCGUGGACCAAUCCCUCCCUCCCUCCCUCCCUCGCUCAUGCGUUAUUUAUUCAGCCUCAGGCGUGGCAGAGCGCUCGGCCUGUGGCAACUCCUCCCUCUCCUCCUGCCCAUCUUUCUACAUUCCUGAGUGACAGACAGAACGUGGGGAGAAAAUGCCUCAUGCGUGGGCCCCUUGGGAGCUGCCUCUGGCCCUGAGGCUGGGCCCUCCCCUCUUCAUUGCCAGGGGCAGCACUGGGCAUCUGGGCGUGGGGGGGGGGCAGGGGGCUGCACCCAGAACCUUCUCUUGGGGGCACAUUGGCCACAAAGCCUCACUCCAAUUCCAUCCAGUUCCACUUAAAGCCACAUCAUCCUCUCCCUGGACAACCUGAGUUGUCCCAGGACCCAGGGGCUUGUGGGGAGGGAGGGGAGGGGAGGGGGGUCCCAUGUGGGAUCAGGAGGGAAGUCCCCUUGGUGGUUGGGGUUGCCCCCAGAAGGGCUCUAGGCCCCCAUAGGUCUCUGGCAGAUGAAGCCGGGCCCAGAAGGCCCCCCUGGCCCUUCCCCUCCUGGAGCCAUGGGGCCCCUGCCUUGCUUUCCACCCCCCUCUCCGCUUGUGGCUCCUCGCGCUCCAAACACGGAAGGCUCUUCUUGCAAAUGCCACUGACUGCACAGCCGCUGCCCAGUCUGUUUGUAUUCCACGUCCCACAAUAAAAUCCCUUUAAAGAGA